GGCCGGCGCAGGCCGGCGGCUGUUGGAAUCCCUUGGAUAUUUUGUUAGGUUUUGAUUUUAUUAGUCGUUUGUCAUUUAUCGAUUAAAGUGCUGUUGGGAGAGCAUAUUGAUAUUGUUUUGGUGCAUAGGAUAUUAUUCAUUCUUUCGGUACAUAUUUUGAUGCCUUUGGUCGCCGCGCUAGUCCCAGUCGGCAGUCCUAAGGGCUAUUUACGCAAAGAACGCUAUUCCAUUUUAUCAGUACCUAGAUACCAACUGACAAAUCACUUAUAUUAAUAUUUCAAUUUAUUCCCAUUUUUCUCAUUCACCAUUACAGUUAAGAUCUAAGUCAUGCUCUCAAGCAUAGUCAAAACAUUAAAAAGUUAUGUAUUUUCAACAACAGACCAAAUACAAAUAGUCGCAGGGAAGAGAGGCAGGGACGACAGUGAUGACUCUGAACCGGGCGAGUUGGCUAAGCGGCUGUGCACCAUGACAGAGAGGAACAUGUCGGCCAGACACCGUUCGGAAGCCACCCAACUGCAUGGACCGUCAACUAGCAAGGACCAUGAGGUGGAGGUGGUGUCACAGCGCGCGGCGCCGACGGCCGGCGAGCGGCGCAUCUGCUCCCCGCGCCGGUCCGGCCGCCGGCUGACCGACCCGCCGCCGCGCCCGCCGACGCCGCCAGCAGACGGCAGACAGGUGCCCAUUCUGGUGGAGAGGACCAACCGCGUGAUACCGAUCACGGUGGAGCGGCGCCCGUCGGACGUAAAGGCUGGCGAGGCCGCGCCGCCCCGGCCCGCGCCCGCUCAGAAGGGCGCCACGGCCGCGACCUCGAACGGCGACGACGAUGUGGUCGUUAUUGAACAGAAGGUGAAGAAUGGAUCGGCCAACAGCAGAGGGGCGACUCCGAGGAGCGACUUUGCGGGCGUGCGCAGCUUCCGUCAGAUGCUGGAGACGGGCCGAGUGGCCGGCAGAAAUUCGCCUCUGAGACGCCAACAGCAGCAGAAACAGGAGCAGCGCUCGCCGAAACAGCAGACUCUUUACGACAAGCUUAUGGGCAUCGCGCCCGCCAAGAGCAUCAAGCGGGGCAUCUCAGCCACGCUCAACUGUUUUCGACUGGACGAGAAGCGCCGCUACCAGCAGCUGCUGUCCGACUUUGCCGGCGCCGGCAGCGUGCACUCUCUGUCGCUGAUCAGUGAGCCCUCUUUCCGCACCAGGUCUCUGCUCGCCUCCACAUCGAUGGGUCGCACUCCGGCGGCGCUGCGGCGCGACCGUCUGGGCCCGGCCUCCACCUCCGAGCUGGCGCGCCGCGUCUCGCUGGUUGACCUAGUGUCUACAGGCAGCGAGAGUAACAGUUCGGCUGCGGGCCGGCGUCCGCCCGCCGCGCUCCCCGCCGCCUCAGCUCCAGUGGUGGUGCUCAGUGGCAGCGAGGGCGACUCACAGCCCACCAGUGCAGUGGUGUCGGACGAUGACAGCGUCGUGGUGGAGAAAGUGGUCCCUGCGCCGGCGCGCAAGAAGACCCAGCUCGAUGAGGACAUCAGUCGGCACCUCAAACACUUUGCCGAAGUCCGGGAGAGUUACGCGGCCUCUGAGCGCGAGCGACGCCGGCGGCUGGCCGAGGAGGAGCAGCGGGGCGCCAUCUCGCGGCUCAACCACGCCGAGUGGGAGCGCCACCUGGCGCAGCGUCUGCGGCGCCAGAUGCGCGUGACGCAGCGGCUGGCGCUCCCGGCAGAGGAGGAAGAGGAAGAGGAAGAGGAGGAGGAUGCCCUGCCCGAGCUGACGGCAGAGAUGGAGGGGGUGAUCUCUGCGGCGCUGCGCCCGUCGCCGCCUAACGAGCUGAUGGCCGAGGCAUUCAACCAGCGCGUUACCCGACACGACCUGCAGACGCUGAAGAGUCUCAACUGGUUGAACGACGAGGUCAUCAACUUCUACAUGAACCUGGUGAUGGAUCGGAGCAAGACCAACGAGAAGCUGCCCAAGGUCUACUGCUUCAAUACGUUCUUCUACGGCAAGAUUGUCUCCCAGGGACACAGCUCCGUCAAAAGGUGGACCAGGAAGGUGGACAUUUUCGCCCACGACCUGCUACUGAUUCCCGUUCACCUGGGCAUGCACUGGUGCCUGGCCUGCGUGGACCUGCGGCGCAAGGCGGUCCGCUACUUCGACAGCAUGUUGGGCAACAACAACCGCGGCCUGGACGCCAUCCUGCGCUACCUGCGCGACGAGCACGCCGAUAAGAAGAAGCAGCCGCUCGACACAAGUGACUGGCAGGCCGUCAAUGAAAAGGAGAUCCCUCAGCAGAUGAACGGCUCCGACUGCGGCGUGUUCGCGUGCAAGUUCGGCGAGUACCUGUCGCGAGACGCGCGGCUCUCCUUCACACAGGAGCACAUGCCCUACUUCCGACGGCGCAUGGUCUAUGAGAUCGUCAACAAGAAGCUGCUCUAGCGGUUGCUGACGACGUGUGGGGUCGGGAUGGAGGGGAGAACAGUGUUUCAUGGGGGGAAGGGUAGUGGUCGGGUGGAUACAAAAGUCGUUUUUCGUGUGGAGUGGAGAAACGACGCGAGAAAGACGGUAACCGCCCGAGGCGCGAUUAUGUGCUUACCUCUGUGUGUCUUCGUACACGACACAUGAAGUGUCGGGCCGGCCGUGAUGUGCAUCGGACGUCGUCGACUGUCGUGCUGGUAGCUUAUCGGUACCGGUCAUCGUAUCCCAUCCCGCGGCCUAGGACCGACACGUCAAUUAUUUUCAUGUUGCUGGGGCCUCCUCAGAGGUGUUGUGAAAUGCGUCACUGGCGAGUAAGACCUUCGCCUCCAUCGUGAAACUCGUAAAGUACCUAAGUGGUGCGUGAUUGUCUAGGCUGCAGCUGUUGUACCGAACGUUCGUUAGUAUCUCUUCCAUGGACAAAACUGGUGAUUGUUCGUUUUUUUCGACUUAUUUGUACUUCUAUGGUCGUCCGUUCUUGCGUCAUUGUUUCGUCAUACACAUAGGCCUGCGCUGUGCCGCCAUUCCCAUACGUGCUUCAGGAAAGAGAAGAGAAAGAAUUGUAUGCGCCUUGUGAUCACAAUAUGGUUCAGUCAGUCAAAAGUUUGUAUCCUUUUUGGAUGGUAUGUCUUAUGUUGUGCUGAGCGUCCAACAUAGUAUGCCUAUGGCCACAUCCAGGCUAUCCUACGAGUUGGAGUUAGUGGUUCACAAAGUGGUGACCUGUAACUGAAAAUAAAGGCAAGUUUUGGAAAA